AUGAAAGCCAAAUCCACCCACCCUCUCUGGUUCAUCCGGCAGACAUGUGUGAGUGGUUGCUCCGGCAUUGGUCUGGGUCUAGUCAAACACCUACUCUCCAAAUCCGACGAGGAAUGGCGCGUCGUCGUGGCCGACCUCCGUCCAGAGGCAUACGAAAAGGUCAAAUCCGAGCUGGAUCCCGCACGGCACAAGUUCAUCGAAACCGACGUGGCGUCGUGGGACUCUCAACUGUCCAUGGUCAAGGAGGCAUUCUCAUGGUCCGGUGUCGGCCGCAUCGACUUUUUCGCGGCCAACGCCGGCACGACCGAGGGCGAACACCUGCUUGAUCCUACCAAGGACGAUCUGGACGCAGACCCGACGAUGCCAUCGAUGCGAUGCACGCAGGUCAAUCAGGUGGCGGUGUUUUAUGGGUUGAAGAUGUUUUUGCACUAUGCCAGGGUGACGAAUCGAGCACUGAAGGCAGGGGGAGCUGGUAGCGGUGAACAGCAGCAAGUGAAAGUGCCGUACAAUCCGAAAUUCGUCAUUACUUCUUCAUGCUCGGCGCUCUAUCCAUUCCCGAUCGCGGUGCAGUACGCGGCGACAAAGGCGUCGCUGGUGUCGCUGGUGCGCAGCAUCGGGAAGAACCUACUGGCCAGUGACAACGUCGCCGUCAACUGUAUCAUGCCAGCAUACGUCGACACUGGCCUGACGCCGAGCGAGGUCACGGCCCUGUGGCCGCCGGAGUGGGUGACGCCGCUGAGCACCAUGAACAGGGCAUAUGACGAAUUAAUCAGCGACGACGGAACCGUGGCACAGGAUGGCAAGAGUGAUGGAAGAGACGGGAGCGUCAAGGCUGGAAAGUGCGUCGAGUGCGUCGUCGAUCGAUUGUAUUAUAGGCGAGGCGUCGACUUCGCCGACGAGUCUCAGAGAUUUUGCAUCGAGGAGAGCUUUCGCCCUGACGGAGUGUGGAUGCGAGGUAUGAUGGAGAUGGUGAGAAAGGGGGCAUAUGCUGGAUAA